AUGAAAACAAAGGUAAUUAACAAUAAUACUGUUUCAACUUUGGCUCAGCAAAAUGCCAUUCUAAAAGAACUCCCUAAUAUUCAAACUAGACCAUUACUUCCUGGCUAAAACUAAAGUGGAAAAGAUUAAUAACCGAUAACUUAAAUUGGAAAUGGCACCCCAUAAGCAAUAGGAAGCUUAAGUGCUUACCUCUAAAAUGCAAAAGCCCCCAAAUAAAUAAGCAAUAAUAGUAAUCAGUAAAUCAGACAUUCUAGUCUCAGAAAUCAUUUAAAAGACUUAUAUAUGAGCAAUAAUAAUGCCUAGACACAGCUGCAAAAUCCAGUAAUAUAACUUCAAAAUGUUGGUGCCUCGAAUGGCAAUUCUGGGUAAAGAGAUCACAGUCAUGAUGCUGCUAUGAAUAAAAAGCAAUUAAAUCUGAAUCCUCUUAACGGUAAUGGAAUAAAAGUUGUCAAACCUCAAGAAUUAAGCCUAGAUUUAAUUAUGCCGUCAACAAUGAAGAAUGGAAAAUAAAUGUCUCAAAUGAGUCCCUAAAGUGCUACCAAUCAAAACAGCAAUGGUAUUGCUGGCACAGGAAGCUCAGUUACUUAAAUACUAUAAAAUAUGAGAACUCCUCAGAAUAAUCCCAACUCUAUUUUACAACCUUUGUCUCAUAAUUCUCAAAUGAAGGCAAAAGAUAUGUCUUAGUUGCAAAUUAACAAUAAUCCAGCAGACUCUACUCUAUAUCACCUGAAUAACUAAUAUAAUUAGCUUUAAAAUGUUAAUCAGACUAAGAGACCUAGUAAGUAGAGAAUCAUUGGUUAAAUCAACCCUAUGAUCAAUAAACCUACAGCUGAUCUCUUAAUGAGCUUAAACUCCCCAGGAAGCAGAGUAAAUACUAGCAAAGAGCGAAAUAAUCAAAUUGAUGUUACUCCCUAUAAGAAUAAAUCUGUCCCUCUAAAUCUAUCAAUAAAUCAAUCUAAGACUCCAAAAGACCAAAUUUACAACAAGAAGUAAUCUGGCCACGGGUUAUUAAAAUCGGAUGAUCGAUUGAAUCUCUCAGUUGAGAUUUCGAACAAAUCAAAUAUGAUUAGUGGCAAAAGCAUCGAUAAUAAUUUGAGGCUAAGCAAAAUUACCGAAGAAAAAUUGAAUAUUUCUGUUGAUGGUAUCAGUAGUUCAAGAGGAAAUAGUGUCAUCAACCAACUAAAUGAGAAUGUGGGAGGAUUUAGUUCAGAUGAUGACAGAUUACAUAUAAAAGGUAAUAAUUAGAAAAGUAUUGGUAAUGCAAGUAAUCAAGCAUCUGAGUUCAAGACUACUAACAUACAAUUAAAUCUGGAGAAUCUUAUAAAAGUUGAGGAUAAGCUAGUAUCUUUAAUGGAAAACCUGCGACAAUCAAAGUAUCAAUAAGUAAGUUAAUUAUGCUCUGAUUGGUGGGAAAUGACUGAUGAAGACGAAUAUUCAAUCUCUAAAUUUGAGAAAGCAUUUAAGGAAGAGAAAACUAAGAAAGAAAUCAAAGUCUUGAUGGUGCUAGAGAUACUUGCCGUAGCAGUUGCUAAUUACUUUACUAACGCUCCUGAGCUAAUGAGGCCCACCCAUUUGUAGAUGAGUUAAGUAAAAAACUUACUGAACUACGUUUAUCAAAACUUCCUCAAUGUUGUUGAUUUAGUUUUGAGUAAAUUGCCUGUUGAGACCCUUGAAAAUUCAUUUGCUGUUUAACUAUAGAACAUAUUAAAGACUAAGAGGGGAAAGAAAUCAAAGAAAAAUGAAGGUGCCUUAGUGAUAAUGAGGUAGAAUAAUGAGAAUUUGAUAAAUUUACUCAGAAAUCUUGUAAGACAAGGGACUCAAUAGCAAGGCACUCUUUAAGCUGUAAGUUUACCAAUCAGUUCAUAAAUAAACCAGAAAAAACUGCAAGGUCUUAAAGGUUCAUCUAUGAAAUAACAUCUAAUUUAAGGGCCUCCUCUAAAACCACUAUACUCAGCCAUAAAUAAAUCAAUGAAAAAUAUUGAAUCUCAGACUGUUACUUAGACAAGAAAUAUCAUCAUUAAAGCUAGUGAAGAGAUCGAAUUCAUGAAAUAAUAUGCUUCAUUACCUCCUUUGUAUGGAGUUGGUGGAACAGCAAUAGGCGGUUAUGAAGCCCUUCCAUUGGUUGAAGCCCCAUAUCUUCCACCCUUGAAGGAAAGUAAUGUCUAUACUUUAGUAUUGGAUCUUGAUGAGACUCUAAUUGGAAGCGAAGGCAACUUCUUGUAUGCUGACUGGGUACUAGAUCAAAUUGAUAAAGAAAAGCAUAUCACUUACAGACUUUACAGGUAGCAUGCACUGCCUUACGGUCAUGUUUUCGUGAAGGAUCUCUCUAGAAUCGGUAGAGAUCUCUCAAGGACUAUUAUCGUAGAUAAUGUCGCAGAAAAUUUCUAACUGCAGCCCGAUAAUGGAAUAUUUAUAAAAAGUUGGUUCGACGAUAUGACAGACACCGCUCUAUCAGAACUAGCUCCACUUUUAAAAGAAAUUGUUAAGAAGCAAGUAAAUGAUGUCAGAGACGCCUUAAGAAAGUUUAGAGAUCAAAUGCUAGACCAGAUAUCCAAGGGAAUCCAAAAUCCUCAGUUAAGUUUAGAUUGA